AUGACAGUCCCCAGGUCUGAAAUUGACAAAAUCUUGAGAUCCUUGGACCGGAAUUUUUGCGAAGACUUAUCAUUGCAUCUUUACUCGACGUUUUUGCUUCAUCGCAUCGAUUCCCAGUUUCCGCCAAAGACAUGGGCAAAUUGGCCUAAGCCUUUUGAAGGGGUCAGCGCGCCUGACCAGCGGUAUGUGGACAAUUUGUUUGACGACCCCUACUGCGACGCAGUUUCCGGGAGCACUAGUGACAACGAUGGAGAUGAAGGACCAGCUAAGAAGAAAGUGAGGGCAAGCGAAGCAAACGAGGCAAACGAGGCAAGCACCAGUGUCGUGGCAACGCAGGGCUCUGCACUGAUUGAAAGCUACGGCGGCGGCGGCGAGGAUCAGCACUCGUUCUCGCUGAAGGAAGUUCUCGAAAGAUUAAAGGUGGUUGAAAUUUCAUACCACGAAAAGAAACCCGAUGCCAAGGCUGUGCUAAUGAAUGAAUUGAACGCUUUACUAGAGUCCAAGAUCCAUCGAAAAAUUGAGCAAAUGAAGAGCGAGGGUAAAGUUGAUAAAAGCUGGCACAUGACAAACUGGGUUCCAAAGCAAGACACCGUCCCCAUCUGCACUCAAGUCGCCAACAGGUUCGACCUGAUGUUGAGAAUGCUAUUCACGAUGAAUGAUUCAACCGAAAGGAAGAUUAAGAAGGUGAAAAUGAAGAAAAACAGGAGAAAGAAGGACAGGGAGACGGAGAAUGAGAUAAACAAGAAAGAAACAGAAUUUAGAGUAAUUGAAUGGAGAGACGUGCUUUUGGCUGCUGCUACUAGCGACGCGACACCGUCAACCCAAAUGAAAUCCGAGCAAUUACGAGAAUACGAGAGGCUACAUCGAGACUGCCUGGGUCUAUUUGACGACAUCAAGAAUGUAUACCUGUUUGAACUGGAACCCGAGGAACUAGGGGCCGAACUAGUGGUUAGUGAGAAUGGGGAAUUCGAUGUGGUUGAGUACUUGAAAUAUUUACAACAAUUUGAGCUACCUCUUCGUAAGGAGCAAAGCACUGAGGACCACUUGCGAGAAAGAAAGGAAGAGUUGGCGCAGAACAGGGCAAUCGAUGAAAAGUUCUUCAAUUGCUUGAAAACCGUGGAUGAGAUACACCAUGCUGAUGACAGAAUAGAUUCAGAAGAGUCCUACAUGAUUACAAUUUAA